AUGGCGCAGGCCAAGACGGAUGCCGAUUGGGCCGCCAUCGAAAAAGACGUCCCCGGCGCGCGCGCGAUGCACGCCGCGGCGCAGAGAACGACCCAGGCGCAGAGCACGACCAAGACCGAUCCCAUGGACCAGCUCUGCGCCGACGAUCCGGGCGCGAUCGAGUGCAAGGCGUUCGAUUGA